AUGUGUCAACUGGAUAGCCUUCCUGAGCCCCAGCCCCUACCCCAGCCUGAUACCCUUCCUGAGCCCCAGCCCAAUACCCUUCCUGACCCCAAGCCCCUACCGCAGCCCCUACCCCAGCCUGAGCCCCAGCCACUACCCCAGCUGGAUAGCCUUCCUGAGCCCCAGCCACUACCCAAGCCCCUACCCCAGCUGGAUAGCCUUCCUGAGCCCCAACCCCUACCCCAGCUGGAUAGCUUUCCUGCGCCCAAGCCCCUACCCCAACUGGAUAGCCUUCCUGAGCCCAAGCCCCUACCCCAGCUGGAUAGCCUUCCUGAGCCCAAGCCCCUACCCCAGCUGGAUAGCCUUCCUGAGCCCAAGCCCCUACCCCAGCUGGAUAAACUUCCUGAGCCCAAGCCCCUACCCCAGCUGGAUAGCCUUCCUGAGCCCAAGCCCCUACCCCAGCCCGAUAGCCUUCCUGAGCCCAAGCCCCUACCCCAGCCCGAUACCCUUCCUGAGCCCAAGCCCCUAACCCAGCCCCUACCACAGCCUGAUACCCUUCCUGAGCCCCAGCCCCUACCCCAGCCCAAUACCCUUCCUGAGCCCAACCUGAUACCCUUCCCUGAGCCCCAGCCCCUACCCCAGCCCGAUACCCUUCCUGAGCCCAAGCCCCUACCCCAGCCCGAUACCCUUCCUGAGCCCAAGCCCCUACCCCAGCCCCCUCCUGAGCCCAAGCCCCUACCCCAGCUGGAUAGCCUUCCUGAGCCCAAGCCCCUACCCCAGCCCGAUACCCUUCCUGAGCCCAAGCCCCUACCCCAGCUGGAUACCCUUCCUGAGCCCAAGCCCCUACCCCAGCUGGAUACCCUUCCUGAGCCCAAGCCCCUACCCCAGCUGGAUACGCUUCCUGAGCCCAAGCCCCUACCCCAGCUGGAUAGCCUUCCUGAGCCCAAGCCCCUACCCCAGCCCGAUACCCUUCCUGAGCCCAAGCCCCUACCCCAGCUGGAUACCCUUCCUGAGCCCAAGCCCCUACCCCAGCUGGAUACCCUUCCUGAGCCCAAGCCCCUACCCCAGCUGGAUACCCUUCCUGAGCCCAAGCCCCUACCCCAGCUGGAUAGCCUUCCUGAGCCCAAGCCCCUACCCCAGCCCGAUACCCUUCCUGAGCCCAAGCCCCUACCCCAGCUGGAUACCCUUCCUGAGCCCAAGCCCCUACCCCAGCUGGAUACCCUUCCUGAGCCCAAGCCCCUACCCCAGCUGGAUACCCUUCCUGAGCCCAAGCCCCUACCCCAGCUGGAUACCCUUCCUGAGCCCAAGCCCCAGUCUGAAGAGGAGCUGGAUAGCCUUCCUGAGCCCCAGCCCCUAACCCAGCCCCUACCCCAGCCCGAUACCCUUCCUGAGCCCCAGCCCCUACCCCAGCCCGAUACCCUUCCUGAGCCCAAGCCCCAGCCCGAUCCUGAGCCCAAGCCCCUACCCCAGCUGGAUACCCUUCCUGAGCCCAAGCCCCUACCCCAGCUGGAUACCCUUCCUGAGCCCAAGCCCCAGUCUGAAGAGGAAGUGAAGCCCUGGGUGUGGACACAUCACCGUAUACUCCUUCUCUUCCUCCUGGCAUCCUCCUCCUGCGCCUCCAUAGUGGGCCUGACCUACUACUCCCAGCAGCACCUCCCACCAGAGAGCACACCUCCAGCCUCUCCUCCAUGUACCUCCCCGGCUUGUCACAGAGCUACCACCCGUCUGCCCGUCUCAGUUGACCACUUUACUUAG